GCAAAGCCCCCCAGCAUCUACGGUCUCAGGGGCGUCAGGCCGUCUGAUGGCAAAGGGGACUUGGACCUACAAGCAAACUGAUGUCCGUCAGCAAGCAGGUACAUGGUGAUGUCUGUCCACACAUCUACGGUGAUGACGUUGUAUUGUUUCUCAUGCUCAAAUACCAUCGAAUUUAACCAUGGCCCGCAUCUCCAAACGAAUGCGAGUGUUCAGCUAUGCCCGUCAAAUUUUCAAUUAUGGUCAUGGUACGUACGCCUUUGGAGAAAGAACCGUAAAGUGCUGCCCUCACUAUUCAUGAUUAAAAGUACCAAACAGAUAAGCAAUAUUCUUGACGCUUCACAGGUUCGCGACCGUCCUGACAUCUACCAGAUAUUCCAUCAUAAAGAGGCUUCAUACAUUGUUCUGGAGGACAUGGCAAGCCACAACGGCCUUGCAAAUCCCUCAGCUAAGUACAUCUAACUGUUUCUUUCCCAAUGCAAUCAUUCACCAGAACGUGUCUGCCGUAAUGGGACUCGCCGCUUGCCUUCUCUCUCGGACACAUAUACUCACUCAGUAACCACAAGCAUUGAGGGGAGCCAGUACCAUCAGUGAUUCAUCCUCAUAACACACCAGAAUCUAAAUUUAUAGAAUAGAUUCUCUAGCGAGUUCAUUUCCGAA